CUUGUCUUUGGCUAAGUAGACCGCACCUGCGAACAGGCUUUUGGUCCCGAUCGUUUCUGUUUUGCCUACUGGAGCACGCUUUCCGUUUGACACUCUUGCCUGUCACAAUCCCGCCCACGAUACCGUUUCUACUGCUUGCGUCUUCUACUGGAGCACUUCUACUGAGGCGCGAAUCGCGCUGGGUCAGCAGCACCAAAUGGCCUCUUUGAAUUCAUCGAGAGUGAACGCGGCCACUUGAAACAAGGUUUCAGAACUUACUAUGCCUGGCCGGUCAGGUAUCCAAGAAAAAAACAUUGUAGGUGUAACUUUCUUGGAAGAUUAGCAUGACAAAUAUCUCUCGCAUGACAGCAAAAACCUGUCAUGCGCAGAUGCUACGUGAAAACGCCCUUUGAUGAACCCUACGAUGCAUGCCAAGCAUGACAGACGCAAUCAGCUUGAAUGUUGCGCAUCACAAAUUUACACUAACAACGUUUUUUUCUUGGAUAUCAGGAGGUGCUGUCUCGUCGCCCGAGGAUCACGAUAACGAGGAAAGUAUGGAAGUGUCAGGAUUGAAAUGGACAAAGUUGAAAUAAUUUCUCAUGCAUAAAUUGCAAGGCAUGAAGUGCCUCUCUUGCAGGGAUGGCAAGUGAGGCCGACUGUCAGCCUGUUUGGGGUCUGCGGUAGAGCUGCUAAAGUAGCAUGACAAAAGCCUUCUUCUGUCCCUAAACAGCAUGACAAACUGGAUUUAGACGGUGCUGAAAUUUGUCAUGCGCCGCUUGGAAAUUGGUCUUCCAACUGGUAUCCAUUUUAUGCAUGGCAAAUUAUUUCAACUUUGUCGAUUUCAAACCUGACAGCUCCAUAGAAAGUCUGUACCGGCACCUCGAGGCCCUGCGCGUCGCGGAAGAAGAGAAAACGCGUCCGCGGGCUUUAGCAGCUGUGUUUGACCCGUCCGGGAACCAGCACAGCACCAGCGACAAAUUGCAAAGGCCGUCCUCGUCCUCCGCCGCCGGGGUAGUAGUACAACUCGGCAGCACCUCCCUGAGUCCAAACACGAGGAGCAAGCAAGAGAUGCGCGCCUCGGUGCAGCAUCUCCUGUUUGCCCGCCAGAAAGCCGAGGUCCGCGUGAACGUGUACCACCUUGGACAGUCCAAAAUUAUCCAGGGGUUCAACAACUUUUCGGGUUUCGGGUUUUCGAAUGCGACUGACACCAGCACAGCCUCCACGGCGACAACGAAAAAAUCUGGGCAGCAAACGAAUUCCGUCGCAGGGGGCGUGUACCACUCCGGCGUGGAAAUUUUCGGAAAAGAAUACAGCUACGGGAUGACGUUUUGCAAGGUGUCCACGGGUGUCAUGAGCGACAACACGCCGCGCGUGCACGAAGAUCACACGUUCUUGGAGUCCAUCGUGAUUGGAGACUGCUUCCUGUCCGAAUACGAACUGCAUAAUAUGCACCACAAUUUUUUUUAGAAAUUCACAUAUGUACUAUACGCAUGCAUGCAAAUCAUGAAGAAAAAGGACCAAGAUAAUAUGCUGCGCUCACGGUUUCGCUUCUGACCCAUACGCCGUAUGGCGAGCUGUUCGGGCUAGUAUGCACUCCACAUCAAUUUUUGCAGUAUUGCAGCAUGCAGAAGUAUAUGUUGAUGUGCUAGCUUUUUUUGGAGGAUACGCAAGAUUAUGCAGGAGGAAUUUUUCGGGAACGCGAAGUGGCUGGGGAAGAACUACAACAUUCUGCGCCAAAACUGUCACCACUUCAUACCAAACUGAAGAGCGCGCCGCCCGGAGAAGAGACAAAUAUUUGCAUUUUUUCUAAACAAGUCUGCUGCAAAAGGAAAUUUGAAUAAUAUUGGCUUUUGCAUACGGCCAGCAAGGACAGCCGGAACUCAGCAUAUUUUUCCCCAGCAUGAUCGAUGCCUUCAAGUCGGAAGCAUCUUUUCUACAGGAACAGGGAAGGUACUACCGCCCUUGCUGCGCGUCUCUGCAUCGCCAGAUUUUCGCCCUUCCUUGUCCUUCUGGCGUUGUAGGGGUGCCUUUGUUCACUCUGAUAGUUCAGUGAUGCGCUUCUGCAGAGGCUGGACCCGACCUUUCGCUUGCCGGCGCAUUUGAACGCGCUGGCCGGGACCUUGUUGGAUGCCACGACAAGCAUUGCGGGAAACUCGGCAAGAGGCGACGAGAGCGACGGCGAUGCGUCUGAAAAUGCAGGCGGCAACGACCGGAUAAGAGCGAUACAGCAGGCUUCGAGGCAGGAGAGUCACAGUGGGUGGUUUUCCGCAAUCCUGGGGUCACCACCUGCCAGCGACGAGGAACGCAGUCCGUACACCCGAGGUAGGGCGGCUGCUGAAACAGCUGCAACUCAUGCAUAUGGUACUAACGCUUUCAUCGGUCGGGAGCAGCACGGUAAGACAAAUUUAGAGCAGACCUUGUUCUUUCACACGCCCGUGGGAAGCGCGAAUUCCAUGUCUGGGACCACAGACUCUGCCGUGAAAAGUCACGUCCGCAUGCCGUUCCCAACCUCCUCCUCAGCCUCGACAACAGGAACCUCUACCAGUUCCUAUCAUGCACCAAAUUCUACAUUUGGCACCACCAGUGCACCACUCCACCCGAGCGUGACCAGUGCGUACAGCCACCCCGACACCGCGGUGGUGUCGGGACAGAGCAGUGUCUUUGGCUGGGAUCAGCCUGCCGGUCCGGCAGGGAGCAACGAACCGUAUAAUGAUUAUUUCCCACAGCAGUUACGCCCGCACAUGGACCAAACAAGAAAUAGGCACCCCGUCUUCGACGAAGCGUAUUACAACGCAAACAACUACUUGCGAGGAGAAGAUGAUGAUCCAAGGAAUGGAAGAGGGGCUCCACCCGGUAAAAUCCCCGUCGCAGCGACAGCAGGCACAGCGCAAUACUUCGCCCAGGGCGCAGAGGAUUUUACCCCGGUUAGUUACGCCACGAGUGCCAGAGGCCCACCCCAGAAUCUCGACCUGUUCCCGAAACCCAAGCGGCGGCCUUGAAACUAUAGACUUGUUUGUGUUUCUCAUUUGUAGUAGUGUUCUAGACUAUCGCGCGACCGAUUUUAACUAUGAUUAUG